GGAAUCCCGGGAGAUAGAGGCGUCGACAUCCGCGACACAGCGCCGAUUUCAUUGGUCCAGUCUGCUGCCGAGACUCGGAGAUGCAGCUCUUCGGCACGGCUGGGCGGGAUGAAGCAUUGCAAUCAACGCGUCGCCGUCUGCCAGAAACAGCAUAACCACCAGAGAGCUUCUGUCUGCCAUCGGCGGGCUCCGACAGCAAGGGAGAGCUUCCCUUAA